AUGGUAUGGUCCGCUCAUAGGAACAGUCCAGUCAAGGAUCAGGCACUGUUGGAGCUCACUUCUGAAGGUAAACUUGUCUUGAAAGAUGCUAACGAUACUCAGGUUUGGUCUAAAGGCAAGUCUGUCUCGACCUCUUGCUGCUUGAAAACCAACCACAUUGUUCGGCAGUCAUUCGACCACACGACAGACAUUCCAGUCCGUGGCCAAUGGUUAGUGUCAUGGCAGAAACUGAGAGCCAGUAUAUUGCUACAUGAUUCGAGAGAAGGUUUAUAUGCAGUUGCAAAUAACAUUCACCGCUGCUUAUAUGGGUUCAGAUCCUUCCCAAUUCUAUUGUAG